ACGUUAAAACAACAAGCAAAUAGAAUGUCAUCGAAACAAACGGAUGUUGAAGUUACGGAAGCGGAAGCAUCGCGAACUCCAGAAGAUUCCGUUUGUUCGAACGAAGGUCCGAGUAUUGUUAUUAACGACGGGCCGAGCGAUGCGACUCCACGUAAAAAUCAAAAAUAA